GAGUAUAAUUUCGUCUACAAUCAUCACUUCAUCACACACCCACCACACACACCCACCACACGCACCAACCCUUCCACCAGCCCCCCAUCCCCACCACACGCACCCACUGCACAUAACCACCACAGGCACCCACCACUCCCGAAAACACCCAAACCACCCAAACCGUUCGAAAUUAACCACAAAUCCCAGAUCCCCACCACCACCACCCCCACCUCGGCAUUCCCAACCCUCCCAAACCACCACCGUCACCACCCCAACCAUCCAAAACCUACCACAAAAACCAACCAAAAAUCGAAUUUCAACAAUUUAAAAAAAAAAAAAAAUUAAAAUCACGAAAUCUUACCUCAAAAUCUGAAAUAGGUUCGAACUUCACCUCAAACUUGGUUAAUAAGGCCAAAUUCGACCAAGAAACCUCUAGCUUUAGAGUUUUCUUGGUCGAAAUUGACCUUAAAAACCUUUAAAAAUGACAAUAGAUGCUUCGUUAAUGGCGGCUUGGUUAGUGGUUGAUGAGAGAGAAGAGAAAAGGAGGAGGAGGAGGAGAACUCAAUCGAAAAUAGAGAGGAGAAGGAAAAGAUAUCAGAGGAGGAAGGUAAAGAGAUAUUACGGAGGGAUGGAGGAAGGAGGAGAGAGAAAGGGGAAAGAGGCAGAGGAGAGGAGAGAGAAAAGAGAAAUGAAAGGGGAGGGGAAUUAGGGUUUUCGGGUUUUUAUGGUUGUUUUUUUUUUUUAAUUUUAGGGAAAUUGUUAUAUUGAAGAGGAAUGGAAAAUUAAAUUAUAAAAUUCGGUAAACUCUUGUUUUGUGCUUGCGUGAACUUUGCGGUUGAUGUGAUGUAACCAUUACAAUUUACGCCACUAGUUCUGAAAACCCAUUUAUUUUUAUUUUUUUUUUUAAAUAAAAAUAAAUUGCAAAAUAAUAGAAAGAGGAUUGUGAGAAAACCAAAAAUAUGGCCCAUGCAGGGAUCAAACCUGGGACCUUCGCGUUAUUAGCUCGACGCUUUAACCAACCAACUCAGCUAAUGGGCAAUUUGAUGAUAAUCUAUGUCCUUGGUUAUUUGGUCCUAGUUUCUCAAUAGAUGUUAGAAGUGGAACGUAUAUAUUUUUUGAUGAAGAAGAAACGUAACGUAUAUAUUUAUGUACUUAUUUUGAUUAUCUAUAUCCUUCAUGCAUGAAACUAAUAAUUUUAAAGUGCUCUUGAUCAUAGUGUAAUGGCUGAUAGGGUAGCAUGGUCUGAUGACAGUACAGAAAUUUUUUUGGACAUAUGCUUGGAGAUGAAAGCAGGUGGACUAUCAAAGGUUAAUUGGGAUAGAAUAGUGAGUACUUUGAACGUUAAAAGUGGGAAGAAUUUCAACAUUAAACAAGCAAGAAAUCAUUGGGAUGAUUUAAGGAAAAGGUUCAAAAUUUGGAAUGAAAUGGAACUUAAUUGGACCGGUCUUACAUUUGAUCCUAUUACUGGUUGUCCUGUAGUUGAACAAGAUGAUAGGUGGAAUAUAUUUGUGAAGAAACAUAAAGGUCUGCCAGCGAGAUUCCUAAGGAGACCAUUGCCUCAUCUAGAGAAGUUACGGGCACUUUUUUCAGGGUCUUUUGCUACUAGCAAAUGGAGUUUUUCUCCCGGAUUAGGUGGGGAACAAAUUGGUAAAGAAAAUGAGGAAAGGUCCGGGGACAAUGAUGAAAAUAUAGGAGAUAUGGAAAUAAGUAGGGUAAUAAAUAAUUCGGAUGAUGAACAGAGCAUUUCACCUCCUAAAAGUACCUCGUUGGGGAAACGUAAGAGUGAUGGAUGUACUAGUAAACUUAAAAAAAACAAGAGUAGUAACAUUGACUCUUGUAUAGAGUUGUUGAAAAUGUCUAUUGAAACUAAUUGUAAGCAAGAGAGUGGUAAUAAGUAUAAAGAUGUCUUAGAUACUCUAUACAAUAUUGAGGCUAUUGUUCAACAAGGAGAAGGAUUUAUUUACCAAUGUAAGAAUUUUCUUCAUCAUGGCGAUAAUGCAGAUUUCUUCUUAGGUUUGUGUACUGAUGAUCAGAAGAUCAUGUAUUUGAAGACAGCAUUUCAAGAUCCAACAUUGGGUGGUCCUUAAUUAGUUUUUUUGGGGAGAUGAGUAUUUGAAGUUAACUUUGGAUUAUGUUUUCCUAUGACUUGUUUUGCACUUUCAUAUGUUCUUUGUUAGUUAUUUGAUGUUGUUCUAGUUUUAAUUAAGGUUCCACAUAUGAAGCUACUAUUUUUUCUGACCUUUAGGUUUAAGUAGCUUCAUAUGAUGCUAUUGCUUUUCAGGUGAUCUAAUUAAGAAGCUUUAGCCUUUAUUUUAAAAGUCAUUGUUGAUUUUAUUUUACAAAUUGAAUAAUGUUGGUAUUUUGUUGGUUUAUGUUGUAGAAUGGAUAACACGCUUCCAAUGUGCUUGACAAUUAUCGCAUUGGAAGAGCUAAAGAGACUUCUUACACCAAUUGAGAGAUUGCCUCUAAGCACUCUAUUGCAACAAUUGGGUUGUACUUUAAACAAGUACUGGAAGCAAUGGUUCAUUUGUCUACCGAGAUCAUAAGACCAUACCAAAGUUUGAUCGUGGUGCCAAAAAAAAUAGGUGACAGCACAAAAUAUUGGCCAUAUUUCAAGGUAUUAAGAAACAUUAUUAUUAUCUUGCAUUGUCAUUAUAUUAUUUUAUGCAUAUGCAAUAUAUAAUCACUUAUAAAAUGUAUCCUAAAUGUUAAUGAACUAUUAAGAUUGUGUAGGAGCAUUGGAUGGGACUCAUAUAAAUGCAGUUGUAAGCGAUGAUGAUGGUGUGACACACCGAGGGCGUAAAGGAAAAAAAACAUGAAAUGUUUUGGCUGCUUGUUCCUUUGAUA